UUUGAUUACUCACCAAAUAUAUGAAUGUCCUUUAAACUCCUCCGAGUGCUUAUGGGCUCAGGUGAAGGCAUAUUUAAAAUUGGUUCGGGGUGGGGGUUUGGGUGAGACCCCCCUGCUUUUGUUCUAUUGAAAAGGGGGCUUGUUCCUCCAGGACCAACCCUACCAUUUUAACCAGGGGUGUCAGCGCAAGCGGGGUUGACAUUGGAGACUGACUGGCAAUGGUAGAAGAGGAGGGGAUAAGAGAGUCCAGCAGCACUGCUUCUUGAAGAAAGCUCAUCAGAUGCACUGUCCUGCCUCCUCUGACUGACAUUCACGCAGGAGUCAGGCUGGAUGAUCAAACGUCAAAGGAUCUAUUUCUGCUGCGCUCCUCACCUUCAUGGACAGACAGCACGGGACUUCUUGAGUCUGUAGCCUAUGAUUAGAUGCAUCAGAAUCUCUUUCGCUCAAACUUGAAAAGUAAAUCGUUUACAUGCUGUGAGUUUUUGCGUUAAGUGCACUUAUUUGUUAUUCUCGUUCUUAUGAAGGAAAUCCAAUUAGGGCUUUUACUUGUCAGUGGUCUCAGUCUGAAAAAAAAUCUGGACCUUUUUUUCUGCUUCUGAGCAGCAGAUCUCGUAAUUUGCCAGUUGAUCUGUUCAUCAUAUGUUGCGAGUCACAGUUUGGAUACUAGCGCAGGACUUUACACAUUUUAACUGGAAAACCUGAUAAAUAAAUAAAAAAAAUCUCUGCAAAUUACGCACAAUUUUUUUCCCGAGGCCCUUCCCGUCCAGCAACAUGAGACUCAUGCCAUCACGAUUGAGUUAUCUAUUCCUUCACCUCUUUGCGUUUUGCUACUAUGCUCAGGUAACCAUUCAGUCCCCGCCUAAUUUUACACAGCAUGUGAGUGAGCAAAGUAAGGUGACGGACCGGGUCAGCCGUAGACUAAUCCGGACCUACCAGCUUUACAGUCGAACCAGUGGCAAGCACGUGCAAGUUCUGGCCAACAAGAAAAUCAACGCCAUGGCCGAAGAUGGUGACGCUCAUGCCAAGCUCAUAGUGGAGACGGACACAUUUGGGAGUCGAGUUCGAAUUAAAGGAGCUGAAACAGGCUUCUACAUCUGUAUGAACAGGAGGGGGAAACUGAUUGGGAAGAGAAACGGUCUGGGGAAAGACUGCAUUUUCACAGAGAUAGUCCUGGAGAACAACUAUACAGCUCUACAGAAUGUGAAGUACGAAGGCUGGUACAUGGCCUUCACACGCAAAGGUAGACCCCGCAAGGGCUCCAAAACCAGGCAACACCAGCGGGAAGUCCACUUCAUGAAGAGGCUGCCCAAGGGACACCAAAUCGCAGAGCACAGACCCUUUGAUUUCAUCAACUACCCUUUCAACAGACGGACUAAACGCACCCGCUACUCAGGAGAGCGUUGAAGAGUGAAGCCGGAGAAAAGGAGAGGACAGAGAGCGAGAGACUUUCUCAAACAAUGAACAGAACUCCUCUUGUGGACUCCUAAACCAUUUUUUUGUACUGAGCAACAAUAUACCUAACAUUUAGUUUUUUAUGAAUUUUCAGAAAUAACAAAAAAUAAGGAAAAAAAAAACAUCUCAAGAAAAAAAAGAGAUCUAUUUUUGUACCCCUGACUUUUAGUACUGACCUAUGUAAGAGUAUAGAAAAGCAAAGCACGGGACGAGUGAGUGCUGACAUUUUAGUAGUGCGUGGGCUUCAUCCGUCCUUCCGCUCUUGGUUUCAUUUGAUUUCUAUGGUUUUUAGAGUAACUUAUAACUCUUCGUAUUGCUGCUCAAGGGGACUUGAAGGGCCUGAGAGAAUGCACUGACAACACAAGGCUGUAUUCGGUUACACAGGCAGCCGGGGCACCUCUCGACCACCCAGCGAUAAGAUACCCAAGCUCAUCUCUCAGUAACCUCUCUGGUUCUUGAUUCUGGAACUCUCUGGAGAUAAACACGGUUAAAGCAAACAGAGCUUUAAAUGCAUAUUUAAAUGUGGCAGCUACAUUUUGAUUAUCGCAGGUUUCCGACCGUGGUUUAAACUGUAAAUUCCAUGGUGUGUAAAUGCAUUGUACGAACUGUAGGAAAAGCUUUUGUUAUUUGUUGCAUUUUGUUUGUCUGUUUUUUUAUACAAAUAUAAAUAUAUUUUUAUUUGAGGAUGUGUAAAAUAAUUUUAAUGAUGGAAAUAUUUAUUUAAAAACCUGUAAUAAAUUUACCUUAGGAUACUGA